AUGCCACAGAGAAUGUACUGUGAACUGUGGAUUUCGGAAAUGAAUAUGGCCUUUUUAUCCGGGAAGCACAAAUCCCUGUUCCCCCUCCUCCUCCUCCUCUGUGUCCCUCUCACCUGUCUCUGCCAGUCAACCAACAGCAGCUCACUCAACACCACAACCAUUUCCUCUCCUUCCUCAAAUGAUACUUCCUUGAAGCGCGUGCCGGGCUGCGGCAAAGGACUGAACCCCAUCUAUCGGUACCUGUGUGACCGCCGGGCAACAUGGGGUAUUGUUCUGGAGACCCUGGCCUCCUCAGGCUUCCUGUUCAGCAUGUUUCUGCUCAUCGGCCUGCUGCUCUGGUCCAUGUGGCUCUGUACUUCUGCAAGGGCCCAGCACAGCAGCAUCGGGGGCACGGUGGCCUGCAUGUCCAUGUUCCUGUUAGCCACAGCUGGGAUCUUUGCCAUCACCUUCUCCUUCAUCAUCCAACUCACCCCUCAGACCUGCCCCACCAGGAUCUUCCUCUUUAGUGUGCUCUUCUCCCUCGCAUUCUCCUGCCUGCUGGCUCACUGCCUGGCUCUGCUGGGCUUCGCAGCGGCGCGGGGCUGGGGGGAGCCCGCCCUGGCCCUGGGGCUCUUCACCGUGCAGGUUAUAAUCUCUACCCAGUGGCUGAUCGUAGUGUUGGUCAGGGAUAACAAACCUUGUGCAUACAGCGAGAAGGAAUUUGUCAUGCAACAGAUCUACGUGCUGUGCCUGCUGGCUAUCAGCUUGAUCAUCUCCCUGAACUUCCUGUGCCGCUCCUGCUCCACAUACAGCUACGGCUACACCGGGGCAGUCCGCCAACAGAGCCAAGCACAGGCCACACUGCUCUGCCUCACACUGCUGCUCUCCGCCUCCAUCUGGGUGGUGUGGAUCACCAUGCUCAUCAGGGGAAACCGCGAGGUGGGCCGUCGGCCGCAAUGGAACGACCCAGUGAUUUGCAUCGCAUUGGUGGCAAACGGCUGGGUGUUACUGAUGGGGCACGGGUUUUCCCAGAUCGCCUUCUUCUGCAGGGGCGAGGCCAAGUCCAAAGACAUCCCACUGAGCUUUGCAGGCUGGACCAGCCCCAGUGCUGAUAUCCCAGGACUGGCCAGCCCGAAGAGAGGUAGAGAAAACGGAAGCUUUGACAGUGAAAGCGAGAACAGAACAGGCAGGCCGGCCGAGCAAUCGCUGCGAUCACCCUACGAGUCUGGAUUCUCCAUGACAGACAUCGACCCUGACAAAGAUUACACCAUUCCUCGCCCGCAGACCACCAACUACCUGGAACCUUAUGAUGAAUAUUGAAUGCAAUCCUUCUCAUGUCUGGUUCUCACACA